AUGCAAGCCAUUCGGGUUCAUCCCGCCCCAACUACUGCCAUGCACCUGGACAACAUCCCCAUCCCAAAGCCUUCACAGCCUGGGGAGCUUCUCGUCCGCGUCAAAGCUAUAACCAUUGUUCGCGACAUGUUAACCUGGCCCGAAACCUACAGUCAUGAAUACGUCACUCUUGGCAGCGAUGUGGCCGGAACUGUAGCCGAGGUCUUCUCGUCCGAUAGCAAGUUCAAGCCAAGCGACCAGGUCUUUGGCAUGGCUGAUAUAGACCGCGCCGCCAUCUGGGCCUUAUUCGACCACGCCCGGAUCCCUCGCCCUACCAUGAAGGGGAUCAAGUCUCGCGCUACGCGCAAGCAAGAGCAGCGCGUGCUGAUUACCGGGGCUGCGGGUGCGGUGGGAGUGUAUCUCGUUCAGCUUGCGGCAGCGGCGGCUGGCGUAACGGUAGUAGCGGCUACUAGUUCUAAUGCGCGUAACGGAGAAUUUCUCCAGUGUCUUGGGGCAUGUGGGGUAGUCGAGUACGGUAUGCUGGGAUGUUACCGGGGAACGUUCGACGUCAUUAUUGACGUGGUUGGCGGGGAGCUGCUGGUAAAAUGCUGGGACUACGUCACCGAGACUGGGAUGCUAAUUUCUAUCGACUCUGCAAGUUUCAACUUUGUGGAAGAGCAUGAGAAGCGCGGCCUGCGCAAAUCAGGAGUGUGUGCUCUGUUUUUUAUUGUGAAGGGCAGCGCUGAUGCAUUACACUACCUUGCAGAACUGGUGGGUGUCGGAGCUGUGUAG